UUAAGGCCGACCAUGCUCAUGUAAGCUGAGGCACUGAGACUCUUUUCUUUGGCUGCGGGGUAACUGUGACCCUCCCACCAACACCAUUUGUGGUCUGACAAACAGACUAACUAUCCUGCAUUGGUAAUCACACUUUAGCUUACAAUGCGGCUAUGCAGCUUGGGACCGACGAGGGUCAGCAGAGGAUCUUCCUCGCAGCACCGAGAGACUGCAUCUCCUGACCGAAGUGGACGGGAGCCAUAGUGUCAAUUGGGAUCUAGAACAGCGAUUGACACAUUUGACUUGACACGAUCGCAUCAAUUGGCUUUCCAGAAUUUGAACUGGAAAAAUUCUGUCAUUUGGCAUCAAGCCUACAAGUGUCGAUCAUGGCUUCCGAAGCAGACUACAUCAUUGCAGGAGGAGGACUGGCCGGGUGCGUAGUCGCCUCACGCCUCAAGCAGCACAACCCAGCCCUCAAAGUCCUUAUCCUCGAAGCGGGAAGUGACCCCUCGAGCAAUCCGAACACUGAAUCGUUCCCGGGCCUCUUCUCCCUCCUUGGCUCAGAACUUGACUGGUCGUAUCCCACCGUGCCCCAAACGAACACCGUCGGUCGGUCUCACGAGGUCCAUGCCGGAAAGGCCCUGGGCGGAGGCAGCGUGAUCAACUUCGGCGGAUGGACUCGCGGAGAUGCGGCCGACUACGACCAAUGGGCCAGAAUGGUCGGAGAUCAGCGGUGGAGCUAUGAGGGACUGCUGCCAUUCUUUCGCAAGUCCGAAACGUACUUCGAUCCGACGGCGGAUCCCAAACACCAUGGGUUCGAUGGGCCGAUCCGCGUGACCGCGGUGUCUGCAAGUGAUGAGAAGCGCAAGUAUCCGCUUCGGGAGCCGAUCAAGGAUGCGUUUACGGAGAUUGGCGUUCCGUUCAAUCCGGAUGGAUGCUCAGGUAAUCUGGCGGGGAUUUCAGAAUUCCUGGAGACCUGGAAGGAUGGAAAGCGUCAGGCAGCUCAUCAAGCGUAUAGCCUCGAGGGUGUGGAGGUCCUCACUGAGGCCGUCGUUCACCGGGUGGAGUUUGCGGAAAGCGAUCCUACCGGAAAGAAGGUCGCCUCAGCGGUUCUCCUUACGGAUGGUCGCCGUUUUACAGCUCGGAAAGAGGUUAUUCUGGCUACUGGCACCUUGCGUACACCCCAGAUCUUGAUGCUUUCUGGGAUUGGGCCCGCCGAAACGUUGUCUCAGCAUGGCGUUUCCGCUGUGAUCGACGCGCCGGAAGUUGGCAAGAAUCUUACGGAUCAUUUCGCGUUGUUUCAAUUGUUCAAACUGCGCAAUCCAGAGCGCGGUCUUGCAUUAGGAAGCCCGCUUCUCUCAGACCCAGCGUUCAUGAAGGGGUUUCCCGCAGACUGGACAAUCAAUCAGGACGUGCCAGCCCAUAUCCUAGAGGCAGCGGUGCGCAACGAUGAUGCCAGGCUUGGUUCAACGACGGACGCAUCUCUUUUGGCUCCCGGUCGACCUCUGGUCGAGACAUUGGUUGUUUACGCCCCUGCCGGCGCCCCCGACGUACCCAUGGAUGGCAGCUUCGUCGUGACCUCCGUUAUGUUGCUAGGUUCAACGUCCCGAGGAACCGUUAGCAUUAGCUCGUCAUCGCCUACGGACAAUCCGGUGGUGGAUUCCAAUUACUUUGACACAGAAGCUGACCAAGUCACCCUUAUUCACGGGAUUCGUCGCACAUUACAAGCGUUGCUGGAUACAAAUGCACUGAAGGAUUACAUCGAGGCCGAGGUGCCCCCGCCCGGAAUGCCCGCUUUAUCCCCCCAAUCUUCCGAUGCUGAGCUCGAGGCACGUAUCAGGGCCGUCGGAGUCGCCCACUAUCAUCCAUCCGGUACAGCCGCAAUGGGCAAAGUUGUUGAUCCAGACCUUUGCGUUUACGGGGCCGAAAACCUUCGGGUUGUCGACGCGAGCGUUUUCCCGGUGAGCGUCGGUGGCCAUCCGCAGGCGACCUUGUAUGCAGUUGCAGAACAAGCGGCAGAGAUUAUCCUCCAGGACCGACUCUAGGCAAACGGCUUGGAUACCGAAGACACAUACAGUAUCGAGUAGUACAGUAUGGAAAUCUAUUUUGUGCGCAAUUCAAUUAAUUGUGUCUUAGAUUGAAACGUUUUCUGCUUCCUUCGUCCCUUGGCUCUAUAUAAUUCAAGGUUAGCAUAAUUCACUGUUAUGCCGUACGGAGUAUGGAUAAUUCUUGGCUUGACACAAUUCCCUGUCUAAAUGAUCGAACACCGAAAGCAAUAAA